AUGUCAUUCUUUGAUUCCUUACGUCAAAAGGCUCCUUUCCUGGACAAAUUGGCUGACAGUUUCACUCCGACAUUAACCAGAGAUGAGAAAUUUAGAUUGAAGUAUAAACUUCCAGCAAGUGAAAAAAUUCUGGAUGAUACAAAUGCAGAAGUUUCAUUUGCAACGUCUACCAAAGAUGGUAAAGGGUAUUUUAAUAGGGUUAACAGUAAAGGGAGAAAAACCGCUUAUGUAUACUCUGGACGACUGUUUCUAACACCUCACUUCCUGGUAUUCCGGGACGCAUUCGAUCAUUCCUCGUGUAUAUUAAUACUGAAUAUCUCUACUAUCAAACGAGUUGAGAGAUCGCCAUCCGAAUCGUAUGAGUUUGCUCUUUUAGUAACAUUAUACACAGGAGCAAAAGUCUUGGUUCAAUUUAUCGGUAUUCGUUACAGAUCAGAACAAUUUUGUAACAAAUUAAAGCUAAAUUUGAAAGAAAAUAUUCCAAACACCAAAGACUUACCUGCUUUCCUAGAAACUUCAUAUUCAGAAUUUUUGAUUGCUAAAAAUAUACUAGGUAAAAAGGAUAUAAUUGUACCCAGGGCUGGUCUUGGUCAGCAUUUUAAGUAUCCCGGAAACCCAACUAUGGCGAAAGAGAAAGCCAAAUUGAGAUUGUGGUUUGAUUAUUUUAGGGAGAAUGGAAGGAACCUGGCUACUGUACAAACUCCCAUGUUCAGGAAACUAAUUAGAAUUGGUGUCCCCAAUCGAAUGAGAGGCGAAAUUUGGGAGUUAUGUUCAGGAGCAAUGUAUGUGCGCUAUGCAAGUUCCGGGGAGUAUGAAAAGAUAUUGCAUGAUAAUGCUGGGAAAACGUCACAAGCUAUUGAUGAAAUCGAAAAGGAUUUAAAGAGAUCACUGCCAGAGUAUUCAGCAUAUCAAACUGAAGAAGGUAUUCAAAGGUUGAGAAAUGUUUUGACAGCAUAUUCAUGGAAAAAUCCUGAUGUCGGAUAUUGUCAGGCCAUGAAUAUAGUCGUUGCAGGAUUUUUAAUCUUCAUGUCUGAAGAACAGGCGUUUUGGUGCCUAUGUAAUUUAUGUGACAUUUACGUUCCAGGUUAUUAUUCAAAGACAAUGUACGGCACACUAUUAGACCAAAGAGUGUUCGAGUCCUUUGUAGAAGACCGUAUGCCAGUUCUUUGGGAGUAUAUUGUCCAACAUGAUAUUCAACUAUCUGUGGUGUCUUUACCCUGGUUUUUGUCCUUGUUCUUCACUUCAAUGCCUUUAGAAUAUGCUGUUAGAAUAAUGGACAUUUUCUUCAUGAACGGAUCUAUCACAUUAUUUCAAGUGGCAUUGGCAGUUCUGAAGAUAAAUGCAGAUGAUAUUUUACAAGCGGAUGAUGACGGGAUGUUUAUUGCCAUCAUUAAGCACUAUUUCCAGACUCUAGGCCAAAGUGCGCAUCCAGAUUCAGGUGACAUAAAGUAUAGACAAAUUACAAAAUUUCAAGAAUUGUUAGUGACGGCUUUCAAGGAGUUUAGUGUCAUCACUGAAGAAUUGGCAAUGCAGGCAAGACACAAAUAUGAAAAGGGCAUUUUCCAAAACAUUGAGACUUUCAUGAAAAGAACGCAAUUGCGUCACAUGCCAAAAACUUUUAAUCUUUCUAGUGGCAACUUGUCCAACAUCUAUGAUAUGUUUUACCAAAGUAUAGAGACUUACAAAAUAAGCAUGGGAACCGGUUCAUCUAAUAUGGGCUUUGAAGUAUUCAUUCAGUUUUUGAGUAAGUUUUGUGAUUCGUGUAGGCCGUGUGAAAAAGAUGAAGACCCAGCUUUCCGUAAGCAAAAAAGGAAUUUUUUACAAAGGCUGUUUGACAAUUGGGAUUCUGCUCAUAUCGGUGAGUUGACAUUGAAUGAUGUCGUAACAGGUUUGGAUAAGCUGUUGACUGUUGAUCUUUUGCAAGCCAUAAACUAUUUCUUCUCUUUAUAUGAUACAGAUGACGAUGGUGAAUUGCAUAGAGAGGAAGUGCUGCAAUUAUCGGAAGGGCUAUUGCUGCUUACGGAACCUUGGAAAAGUGGUAAAUACGUGGAUCUGUUAACUAAGAAGCGCAUUGAAGACGAUAUCGCUGAGAGAAUCAUCAAGGAAAGCGGGGAAGAGAUAAUCACGAUGAACCAGAUCGAGUUACCAACAGGAGUUACCAUUGAUGAAGAAAAAUAUAAAGCUGAACAAGCAGAAAGAUAUCUAAAAGCUGCAAGCAACUUUCUUCAAAGAUCUUUUGAAUACGCUAAGGCGGUUGAUCUCGCGGAAGAGGUAAAUUUGAUUGAUCUGUCUGAUGAUGAAGGCGAGGAAAAGCGAACAGCAAAAUUGAAACAUCUGGAAAGCAUAAAAGCAAACGCAGCCUUAGAUCCUACUCAUCCGAAGGUCAUAGACCUACCAACUUUUAGGAUGAUUAUCUUGGCAGAUGAAACUUACGAACUUUUUUUUUCUAAUACUUUACGAUCAUCGAUUCACGUCGACGAGCAUGUCAGCAUUAAUAACAAAAACAAAGUUCUUAGAAGUAUGUUUGACGGUAUAUUAGCAGAUGGUAAGAGGGUUGCUGAGCAGGUCCGUCGCCGCGUCGACUCUGUAGCAACCAGAAAUAGUAUCACUUCUACAGAAAGCACACCAAUAGCCGCAGCAAGUUUGACAACUACCAAAGAAGAAAAGUAUGAUGAUCUAGAUGACUUUACAUCAGAGCAUCAACCCGAGCAUGAAGAACUCUUGCAAAGUUCUUGGUUUGAGAUCGAUGAUGCUAACGAAACUAGUACUAAAGCCAUCCAAGAGAGGUCUUUUGAACCUUUAUCAGCAAGCCCAUCGGAAGACAAGUCCAAUCUUAUUGAGUUUGAGGCAUAA